AUGGUAGAUUCAGGUUCAAAACGGACACUACGCGUGGACCCACCACGCGCAAAACGCGCUGAACAGAAUGACAAAGACAUGGAUCGGCUUAGGCGAUUCCGGGAAACCAAGAAACGCAAGGAGAACAUUCAAGAGCAGUACGAGAUGCUCUCUCAGCAGCAACUCCACGAGGAGGUCCACAAGGAGGAUGGAAGGGACAAUUCAGCUGUCAAUAACAAGAGUGGGUCCAACUUGGACGAAGAGGAUACACCCGCGCCUCCCAUAAAGAGGGGGGCCAAGGUUGGAUCUACUGCUACCGCAAGUGCCAAAGCUACUGUGAAGACAAAUGCUCAAGCAAAUGCUCAUAAGGGAGCUGCCGCAAAUAAGCUACUCCCUUCAUCUGGUAACGCAACUGUCGAUGAGGCCACGCUCAAAUCUCAGCUAGUCGCAAAUAUUGCAAUGCGCGACCGCUGGGCCGAUCAUUUCAACUUCUUGUUGAAGGAGCUGAGAAUGGUUUGGGAGAACGGCAACAUGCGUUCAACACUGGCGCCCACCGUGCAAGCUGCAGAAAGCACAGUUGGGGGCCUUACUAGCGAUGAAGAGCUUCAAGAUUUGGGUACGGUCCAGGCAGACAACCCUAGUAAUGCAAAGGGGACAAAGACUCGGAAAGGACCUCUGUACAAGGGGGGCACAUGUCUUCAUAUUAGAAGCAAAUCUCGGGCAUCAAGUGUAUUGACUGCGCUCUCGCCCUUGUUAUCCUCAGCAAAUUGCAAUAAUACUCCCGUGAUUGUUAAUUCCCACCGUCCUGCCCCCUUCAAGAAGCAUAUACCCACAUUGUCCAUCAUGGCAACCACUAACAGGCUCCAAGAUGCUCCCCCGGCACAACCCCGUCUCGCUCAUUCUGAUUUGGUGACUGCCAUUGACUGGGAUGUGGAUUCUGAUGACAAAAAGGCAGAACUCGAGCAAAUUGAGCAAGACAGCACGAAAAAAAAAGGGAAAUCCAAGUCAAGCGACUAUCAAGGGUUGGUUUGGGAGAUUUUAGAGGCCACCCUCGACAAAGUUUUUGCUAUCCUUCUCACUGAGGGAUUUUUUAUCGAACCGAAGCAACUUGACGAGUUGAUUGCACGUACGUGGCAUUUCUGCGCCAGCAGGGUUGUUGAUGAUCCUACCUUGAAUUGUUAUUCUAUAAGUAUCAACAAACUACGAGCGAUUAAAUAUUGUAUUACUAGCUGGCAAGGAAAGCUGAAGGACGCAAUCAAGCCGAAGAUUCCCGGGGAAUAUGGUCUGACAAGAGCCCCUGCACAGGGUAAAACUAAAAUUGAAAAACUUUUAAACCAUGGCUUCCAUACGCAACCUGGUGCAAAGCCGCGUACAGGGUACUACGAACACCCGUUCCUGCAAACCGCAUGUGAUGCAACAGUUUUUACCAAACAAAAGGGCAAGCCACCAAUUGGGACAAAAUUUUCCAAGAUCGACAAGGAAGAACACAACGACACAAUCGUUAGGGAGAUGUUGGAAGAAUAUUACAAGGAUCAUUUAGACAACCUGCUCACCCUGGCCGAAGUUGACCCAGACGCAAUUGAUCAUAUCCAGACAGGUAUGUACCAACGUGGAAUUAAACAAGCACCUAUCAAGCCUGCCAUGAUUGCGAAGUCCAAAGCCAAGGCAAAUAGCCGCCGGCUCUCAAUUAAGGAUAUUGUCCGUUUGGAACCUGGGCCCUUGAUGGAUUGCAAGGACAAUCGGGAGGAGCAGGAGGAGCAGGAAGGGAGCAAAAAUGAGGAGGGUAGUGCGGCCGCUGGCGCCAGCACUGAUACCGACCCCAAUGUUGAUGCCAACGCGGAUAUCAAUGCCAAGGGAGAGGGAAAGCAGGAAUCAGGCAAGGCUUUGGACGUGAUCGAAGUCGGGCCCAACAACAGGUGGACGGCUGGUGGCGAGGAGAAUGGGCGGGCCGGCAGGAAACGCAAAGAUAGGAACGGGAAGGGGGCGGAGAGAGCGCCGGUCAUAGGCAAGGCCUCAAGCAAGGCAGGCGAGGGAGAGGAGGUGGACAAGGGAGAGGGCAAACCGGCAUCAAGGGGUGCAAAGAAGACAAUUGCAACACCGAGAACGCCAAGAAUAUUUCGACUACGGUCCACCGUUCGACAGCCCCUCAGCACGGAAGAUGCGCCCGAGGCAGAGAGCGAAGAGGCGCAGAAGGACAAAGAAUAUGGACGCAAGGGGCAAGCAAAGUUGGGAGAAACGGAAAUGGAGAAAAUAGUGGCAGCAAACGGAAGUCCGCGUGGGUGGGAAUACCAAUAA